AUUCAACCUCAGACAUGUCCGGUAAUCCUAGGAAUAAGCUGCUGACCUAAACGCGGUUAGCGUUCAAUUUUCAACAAUAACAACAACAAAAAAUGAUACUGUUCACACUCGUGCUCAGCGGCGUGACACUAGUGCUCGUGAAUGGCAGCAAAGUGUCGUGGCCCGCGCUGGAAAUCAAAUCGAACGAUUUCUUCGAACCGUUGAUGACAUCGUUUUCCAAGUUUCCGUUUCACGACAUCUACGAAACGCCACCGUCGCCGGAUAUGCUGAUUCCGCACAACCGCAGUCCAGUGCCGAAAACGUUUCGUGAGUGGUCAAAGCAGCUGUCGCUGGACAAAAUCGAAGACACGGCGGAAGGUCGAGCCCGACUCUGUGAAUUUCUUUCGCUCUUUCCGAUCGGACGGGAUGAGAAGUUUGUCGGCAGAAGAAGGUUCCUUCCGCUCAAGCUGCGUCGGCUGCUGAAGUACUGUAGGAAUAUUUAAGUUGGGUGUUUUUGUGGAAAAUUAUUGCUCACUUGAAAUCCAGAGGCGCUGCUGUUGUACCGUGAAGAGCAAAAGCGUGUGAAGCUUUCUAGUAUAUUGAGUGCAAUAUUGCGUGGAAGUUGUAUUGUGUGCACCAUAAGCUUAGGCAAAACCGAAAGUUUUAAAUAUACGUGAAACAUAGUAAAUAUUUUCCAAAAAUGCAUUGAGGUUUGUAGGAUUUAUUGCAGUAAAGUAAACGAAAGUGAAUUUGU